AAAUGCUCGCGCUGGGCUUUAAAUAGCAGGUGUGAGAAAACCGUGUCCUUGCAUAUACACCCGUCAGACACACCACCAUCAUCAUAAUCAUCGCCAUCAUGUCCACCGCCAGCGCAGAGACCACCGCACCGGCUCGGGUCUUUUUCCAGCCCGGCGUGGGAUGCGCGGGUUCCAGCCCGAUGCAACGGGAUGACCCGGUGCAGAAAAAGCAAGGCAAAGUGACGGUGAAAUACGACCGAAAGGAGCUGCGGAAAAGACUCAUUCUUGAGGAAUGGAUCAUUGAGCAACUGAGCGAACUUUACGACUGCGAGGAAGAGGAAAUGCCGGAAGUGGAGAUCGACAUCGAUGAUCUCCUGGAGGUGAACAGUGAAGACGAGAGAGCCGUCAAACUGCAGGAAUCACUGUCAGACUGCUACAAGCCUACUGAUGACUUUGUCCGUGAGCUGCUCGGCAGGAUAAGAGGAAUGAGAAAACUCAGCGCCCCGCAAAAGAAAAGCUUCUAAGUGCUCACAAAUGCAGCGACAAUCCAGCUACCUGGACUCCAUGUCCCACAAUCCAUCACUCAGCCUACAGCCAAUCUCAUCCAUAUCCAAGGAUUCAUUUCAGGCCAGGAAUCAAUAAAACCAGAGUUCAUUUUCCAAGGACUCGUAUCCCACAUUGCAACAUCUAAACGGAGCGAUCCGCUUUCCAAUAAUCCCACAAUAAAUCCAAGAGUGCAAAAGUUAACCCGGGACACUCAGGGCUAUACAGGCCCAAUUAGUACACUGUUAGGUGCAGUAUUACAGCUUUUUUUAUGAAACCACAAGCUCUUUUAUUAAGUAUGAUUUACAUAUUUAUUUUCAUUUAAAGUCUGCUGUUUUUUUUUUCUUGGGAAACUGAUACUGUUUUUUUUAUUUUUAUGUUUUUAUCUCCACCUCUGAUUCUGGAUCAGCAGUGAUGGCCAAUAUUCAUUAGCAUCCGUCCUGUUAAAUUCGUCAUAUUGAAGCAUGGUGUAAUACUUAGGAUCAUAACCUACUUUUAAGUCAUAUAACUGAUCAGACUACAUAUCAAUACCUGUUUUAAUACAACUUUCAAGAAUGGUUAACCGUUCUGGUGAAAAUAACUACUUUCAUAAAGUGAAUAUGAUUAAAGUACAUUAAGAGUUGAGAGUGAUUUUGGGAUGUAUUGCUAGAAAGUCAAGGAAAAAGGCUAUAUUGGGAAUUAAACACUAGUGACUGUUCAAGUAUACACUGAACUUUAUAUUAUAGAGGGUUGAUUGCAUUCAGUUGUGGAUUAUAGUUUUCUGAAUUGCAUAUUUUGGCAAAUGCAUUCAUGCAAUGUAGCAUACAUGUUGUAAACUUUUUAGUAUUCGAGCGUAUUCUAGUAUGCUAUUGCGAACAUAGCCUGAGAUUUGAAUGCUUUUAAAAGACAACAAGGGCUGCAUGACAGUGGAUCAAGCACAAUUUCACAGAAAAGCAUAACUGUUUGGCAUACAUAUUGGCAAAAUGCGUACUAAUAUUACUAAAACAUACAAAUGUUCGAAAGAAGGCAUGCCCGAAAGCUUGGGGCACGAUCAAAUAAUACUAAAAUGUAUUGAUGGGAUAUGAAUUUAGAGCUGUGGCAAAAAACUUUAAGAUAUGAGUCUGCAAUUUUCAAAAUGCAUUGCUAUUCUCUCUUAAAUGGAUUCGGAGUUUAGUUUAUAACAGCAGAUCUGUGUAAUACUACAAAAUCAACAUAAAUGAUGUGGAUUCUCUCAGAUCGCCUCCCUGUGGGGAAUCACUGAACAGGUUUCAUUGGUUUUGCCUGAUAUCCAAUCAGUUUCAUUAGUUGGUAGAUGUUUAAUUUGUAAAAUGAAAA